AUGACGGACACGACGGGUAACAAGAAAGUGGAGAUCGUGAACGGUCCAGGAACAUCUGGCGAGGGUGACGCUCUUCCAAAAAAGAAAAAGGCAGCACGCUUCGAUUUUGGCAGACGAUGGCACAAAUUUCGCGUUCUGACGCCGAAUUCGGCGAUCCUUCGCGGUUCUUAUUCGAUGAACGACCGCCACUUCAAAUAUAGAAGCCGUGGCCGUCAAGCAGCUCCGGCGUCCAUCGUAGCCAUUGUCUAUGGCCGUUUAUUCGAACCAAAAGAAUGGGUGAAGGAAUACGUGGAUCAAAUAUUAGAAUACGGAGACAAAGUGUUUCGUACCAGCGUGAUGAGAAAUCAUGUGAAGGACAACGAAUAUAUGAAAACCAGCCUGGUCUAUCCAGAGUUCUACAUCUCCAAUUACAAAGUCCUAAUUUGCGCGGAAGAAACAGGGAUUUACGGGAACUUGUUUAGUGAAACCGUAGGCUGUCCAGAUUUUGCCGACGGAUUGCAAAAAUUCUUUCAGAAUAACGAUGCCGGAGUGAUCACGGCACAAGGAACUUCCACGGCCAUGUGGCGUCAUCCUGAAAUUGGUUUUCUUUUCUUCGAUCCAUCAGCUUGCGACGAGGACGGUGUUCACCAUCCGGAUGGUGUAGCCUGUGUCAUGAGGUUCAAGUGUCUGAACGACAUUCGCGAUCAUUUUCUCAAGAACAUGGAUCAGAAAUACGACUCCAGGUAUUGCAUCGACAAGGUGACCAUAUUGAAGGUUACCGAAGUAGGUCGUGGAUACAUCGAUCGUUUGCCAAGCAGCGCUCGUCUGACUGUCGACAGGAGCGUUCUAAGAACUAUCAAUCCAGUCGACAUCGAUGAGAAUAAAAUGGAUUGUACUAAACCGGCACCAAAGGGAGAGAAGAAGCAGGUGGUUACGGCGGCUAAAAUUCACAGGGAACCGUUACAAAUCACCAUUUCAAAUUAUAGCAUCGACAAGCGUUUCGCAACAGAUCCUUUGGUAGAUCAGAAUAAAUUUGAUACCGGCUACACGUACGACGAUAUGCACGUGAACGUGCCAUCGACGUUCAGGGAGCUCCCUGGUCAAAUGGCGAUUCUUCACGGAUUGACUCACGAGCACAGUGAGAUGUACAAAGGGAAAGGAGCUCAGAACGUAGCGAACUGUGUUCUGGCUAUCGCCAUGAAGAAGGUUCAUCCUGUGAAAACUUGGCUGAGACCGAAGUUGGACCAAAUAUUGGAGUUGGGCGAUGCUCUGUAUGCUGAAGUGAAGUCUGCCAAACCAAUGAUGAGAAACAUGACGGCUCCUGACUUGAACGAUGUAAAAAUCGAGGUAGAAGACAGAAAGUUGGUUAUAGACGUAGAUUUAAUCACGGUCACUGGAACGAUCUCUUCGAAGAUACCGACUGUGUUGAACCUGAAACAGGCUUUGGAAGAAUUCUUCCUAGUUAAUACGGAAGGAGUGAUCGAAUCUUCUUCCAUGUCCGUGGCGAUUUGGAGCAAGGACGAUUGUUUCUACAUGUUCGAUCCUCGCCAGUGUGACAUGGUUGGAGUGAGGAUUCGAGAUGAAAAGGGUGGAAAAGGCGCGAAGGCUGAGAAUUCUCAAAGAAGAAAGGGGAACUGUUGCGUGAUAAGAUUCCCCAAUACCGACGCAUUGGCUGGCUUGUUCAUGAAAAACUUGGAACACGCGAAGAAGAACGAUCGUUUCACCAUCAGACACAUCACGAUUCCGGACGACGUUCCUGGGACCAGACCUUGGCACGAUUUCCAGCCAGGAACAGCGGGAGAAACGUGGGUUCUUCAAGGAACUAUAUCGAACGAGGACGAAGAAUUCGAGGACGAAAGUCGAGGUGUUCAGGGACUGGCCAUGCCGGUGAUAGCUCUGAUCAGUGCCAGAGAAACACCGCCGUCGAAAUGGACCGACGAGACCAUCGAUACCAUAGUUAGAGAGGGAGACGCUUAUUACAAUUGGUGUAAUCCAGUCGUGGAAGUUGGCGAGGACGUUGAACGAUAUUUCUUCGUUUCAAACUUGAAGAAGAAUUUAUACUUCAAAAACAGAAAGGUGAAGAUCGACGUGGAGGAAGGGAUUAUUGUCGGAGACGUGACUUCGCCGUUUGAUAGCGAUGUCCCAAAUUUGGUAACCGCUCUGAAGCAGUUUUUCGAGGAGCAUCAGUAUGGGAUCGUCGAGUUGAAGAACUUGCACGUGGCCGCGUGGAAGGUCGAGGAACAAGUUAAAGAAAAGGACGAAAUGGUGCCACAGAACGUGUACUACUGCUUCGACGCUAAUCCUCGAAACAAGGAGGGUUUAUGGCUGGUGGACGAAGAGGAACCUGGAGAAAAUGCGGCCUGUGUAAUUCGAACUUUAGACCUGUCUGUCUUGGCCAGUAUAAUCGAAACGAAUGCAGGUCAGGAUCCAGAGACCAGCAACGAAUUCUCCAUUCAUAGUAUGAAGGUUAUUUCCAUCGGCCAAGAAAUGAGCGAGGAGGAAGUCGAAGCGGACAAACAGAUCCCGGUGAAGCCUGACUUGAACAAUUACUUCAACAUGGGCGAGAACGGAGCUAUUUUAUUGGGAAGCUUUAACCAAGGUAACGAAGUGAUGUUUAAGAAACACACGAGGGACAAACAGCAGGCUGGAAGUGCCUUGGCGGCUUUAGGAAUGACCAAACUGUAUAAUCCUCAUUUAUGGUACAGAGAAGUAGUGGAUGAUAUACUUAAAUUGGGUGAUAAGAUUACCACAGACAAUUUAGAGAAUCUUCCGGAAGGAGAGGAAGAAGAGGCACCAAGGACUUACCUAAUCCCCAGCGAAAUUAGCGAAGAUUUCGCUGUUGGAGUAAAUAGAAUAUACGUUGACCUCGAGGAAGACAAUGUCACUGGCAAGAUGACUGAUUUGCAGUCACAGCUGGACACUUUCUUUGAAACGAACGUUAUGGGGAUAUUUAAGCAAGAUCACGUAAUAAUGCCUAUUUGGAGAGAGGGCGACGUGUUCUUCACAAUGGAUCCCAAGGGAAGGGACAGUCGAGGAGAGCCUCGAGAGAAAGAUGGUGCAGCUGCUGUAAUGUGGUUCACUGACAUCGAAUCGUUAGCCAACGCGAUUACAGCAGUCGCCACCGGCGAGGAUUUCACUAUGGACGCAGUUAAUUUGGACAACGCUUACGAGACACGUGUGGCUGAAGAGGAACGUCCAGCGAAGCCCAGUUCGGGUGACAAUCCAUGGUACAACUUCCCGAAAAUGACAGAAGGUGUAUGGAGUAUCGAUGGCACGGUUGGUAUGGAUGACGUGAAGUUCGAGAAAGUCAAUCGAAAUAAUCAGACCGCUGCUAUUGCCGUGAUGGCUAUCGUGUUCGCGAAAGUGUACGAACCUAGGUAUUGGACGCAAGCUGUGCUGGAUGAGGUCAUAGUGACCGGAGAUAAGCUACAUUCGAAAUGCGUGGAGAGACUUGGAGAAGGUACCAUUCCGAGAAUCAACGAUAUUAUGACGGAGUUUUUCCUUUCGACUCGUCGAAUCAAUUUAAGCAUCAAAGAUUGCGUCGAGGCUGGAAGUCUAACAGCCAAACCACCUAAAGUUCAGGACCUGAAGACCGGGAUAACUAAUUUCUUCUCCAGGUACAACUCAGGCGCGCUGACCAUCAGUCCGAACAGAAAUAUCGCUGUUUGGAAAUUUAACAACGAUUACUACGCUCUGAUACCAGAUUGGGCGACUACCACAGGCGGGGCAACGCUAGUGAGGCCGAAGAUCCUGCGUUUUACCAAUAUCGCUACUCUCAUAGAGUACCUUCAGGACUUUUUAGGCAGCGAGGGAGAUUACGAAAUGAUUGCCAUUGAUAUAGUGAAUUUGAACAAGCUUCCACCGUGGAAGUUCGAUCCCAGUUCUGCUGUUCGCCCUUCGAAUCUGCCACCUUUGAACGCCUAUAGAAGAGCUCGUGGCGAGGCUCGAGCAAUCUUAAGAGGAAACUACCAUCAGGGUGACGAGGUCUUUCCCGAACAACUGAGAAACAAACAGGGAGCGGCGAAUUGCGUCGUCGCUCUUGGAAUGUCUGUAGUGAAGAAUCCAGUUACUUGGACGAAGAAGACCAUGGACGAGAUCCUCGCCAUUGGUACCAACGUCCAUAGGGAGACGCAGAAAGCGAAACCAACGAUAGUUCGCGUGAAACCGAAAGACAUUAUCAGAGUGUUCUACGUAGGAGUUAAUAUCUUAACUGCCGAUAUAGAGUCAGGGACCGUGGCUGGUAUAGUCGCGAUUCCCCCGCCGGAUCCCGAGGACAAGAAGAAAAAGAAGGCGAAACGGGCGAAACGAGCAAGAACCAGAAGAGCCAGGAGUAGAAGACCCGAAAGGAUUCGAGCUCCACCACCGCCGCCGAUUCUCCUCGAACAAGGUGUACCGCUAUUUUUCGAGAAGAACCGUGCCGGGAUUUUGGUCACUGAUCGAGGAGCAGUGGCCAUUUGGAAAGACAUGGGCGUUUACUUUAUGUACGAUCCUCGCGCACGAAGCGAUCAAGGCUUGCCAGACUUCUACGGGACCUCCUGCGUCAUGUGGUUCGCCUGUCUGGAACCACUUUACGAAGCUCUGUUCGCUAAUAUCGACGAGCAGGAGAAAUACGGGCAUUAUGAGAUCUGUAGAGUUAUUAUCAGGACCGCCAUGAUCGAACCUUUGCCUUGUCCAGCUGGUUUCAGACCUUAUUUCGAUUGCACAGCUCCACCGAUCCCUGUCACGCCGAUGGUAGGAGCGAAGAAGAACACCACACUGGACGUCGAGACAAUUACGGAGUAUAACGUCGUGAACGAAGAACUCAGCAUCCUUCUUGGUACCCUGAACAUGAAUCAUAGAAUUUGGCGCACGGACACAAGAGGAUUUCAGAGUACGGCGAUCGCUGCCGUGGCUAUCGUGGUCGGUCUUCUUCACGUGCCUUCUACUUGGACGCCUGAAUUGAUCGACGCGAUUCUGAGAUACGGAGAUCUGUUGCAUUCGGACAGCGUGCGGGCCACUCUGUCAGGCAACAGGAAUUUAUCUCCCAGCGAAUUGCUAACCGUCUUCAUCGUUGGCGAUUUUAGAGCCACGAUACACAUUCACAAUCACACCGCAGCCGGAUUGCUCCAUACCUUCGAUUUGUCCGAAUCUUUGGCCAUGUUCUUCCGAUCGAACUGCGCUGGCAUUCUUCACACAAACAACAUGGCAGUCGCUGUGAUGCAGCAUUACGGGAAGUUUUAUCUGUUUGAUCCUUGCGCCAGAAACGACCAAGGUAGACCGAGCUUUGACGGUGCGGCCUGCGUGAUGAAGUGCGAGAGUAUUAUGAAAAUGGCCAAGGUGUUUGUAACUAAUUGCAACUUGAAAACGCCGAAUGUAUAUACCUUGAACGCCGUGAACGUGCUGAGUUUGUACUUCUUCUCCGACGCGAAGACGCAAUGUCCGCCCAAGUGUAUCCAGUGA